AAUAUUUUUUUGUAAUGAUAUUUUCGUGGAUAGCAACUGGUGAAGGCAAUCUACCGCAUAGAGAGAUUCCUAGAAUAAAGUUGUUUAGGUGAUGAUUUCAACAGUUGGUGAGCUAUCUAAACGUUUGGUGAUGCAGGAAGUACUUACUGUCUGAUGAUAUAAGAGGCAUGAAGCAUCCAUCCAUAUUCUCAACAAAAAGCUGAAAUGGAGGGAUGAGGAAUAUGGAAUUGGAUGAUACAAAAUUUACGAGAAGGAUCUGGUUCUGUUCUCACAUGGAAAAGAGGUGGUGGUCAUGGAGUCCAUCCAUAGAGAGAGACCAUGGCUUCUGGCUUGGUUCCUGACAUUUGGCAGUGGAUCCGGAGCCUCCCCAAGCAAUGGAGAGCAAAGGAAUCCCACUCUCUCCAGAUAUGCACUUCACCAUCCACAAACCAAUCUCUGAACCUUGUGGUGAUGAGUAGGCAAUCUGAAACCGAAACCCGUUCGUUCAGUUUGUGUUUCUCCAUCUGUGAUGAUCAUGAUCAAGUCUCACUAUGGAGCCCCAAGCCGAAACCUGCAAAUUAUACCACAGACGACGUCGCUACCCAGUUGUUGGUCGAGAUCAUAUGUGGGGUGCUCAGGUAUGGGCCAUACUGUAGCAGCAGGGCAAUCUUGAUGCUGCCAAAUGUGCAGAUGUCUGAAGAUUCAGGCAGGAUGUUGAGCCUGUCGGUCCUGAUGCUGGCAUUCCUGGUCUGCGUGUACGAGGCUCCGUCCACGCUCCGCAGAGAGUUCAUCGGCACCAUCACCGCGCGGCUGACCCAGCACGGCCACGAGAUGCGUCACGCGGCGAGGGAGCUGAUGCUGGCCAUGGGGUCCAGCCUGGAGGAGCAAUGGAUGCGGUCGGUGAACCUGGGCGUCACCAACUGGGUUAUGGAGGCUCUCCGGUCAGGCACGGCGCCGGCGCCACCGCCGCGUUUCGCGGUCUUCUCCUACGCUCUGUCGGCGAGCAGGCUGUGGAAGGUGCAGCUGUACUGCCCGGUGGUGGCCAUGACCAUGGAGCACCACCCGUCGUCCCAUCACCACCAACAGCAGCAGCUGGCCAAAGACGAGAGGCUGCUCUUCUCGCUCAACUACCAGCAGCUGGAGAGCGUCAUCCAGUUCGUUUACAGAGUCGCCUUCAAGGAGAACUGGAUAGAUGUCGCCGUUAACGUCGACAACAUCAGGUGUGACGUGAUCCAGCUGGUGUCCGAGACUCUCAUGGCGAGGCAGGGGUACGGCUCUGACGAGAAGCACUUCCCGUCGCGCAUAUCACUGCAGCUGACUCCCCUAGCGCAGUCGGACAUCCUCUCGCUGACCGUGAGCAGGUCGACGGACAAUCCCGUCCAGGAGGUCGGCGCCGACAAGGGCAUCGACACGACGUUCGGCGCCGCGCCGGCGUCGAUCGGCAUCAGCUUGUCGGCACACGAGACGGUGACGAGGAGCAUGAAGCCCUGGAAGUUCGAGCACUCGGUGCAUGGCAACACGGCGUCUCUCAGCUGGUUCCUCCACGGCGACGGCGGCGGGGGCAGGGAGGUCUUCUCCAGCGAGCCGCCAAAGCUGGAGCUCUUCCAGCCGAGGUCGUGGUUCAGGAACAGGUACACCAGUCCCAGCAGGCCCUUCACGAGGAACGGCGGAGUGAUCUUCGCCGGCGACGAGUACGGGGAGGCCGUGUGCUGGAGGAUGGGCACGGCGGCCGCCGGCAAGACCAUGGAGUGGGAGAUCAAGGGGAGGAUAUGGGUCACCUACUGGCCCAAUAAGAAGAGGACGCUGCAUACCGAGACUAGGAGGGUGGAGUUCAGAGAGCUGCUGCAUCUAAACAUUGGAGAGUAG